AUGGAGAGGCAUUAUUAUCAGCUUUCCCACCGCGGAAAGCUAAUUUUGUUUUACUGCAAACGAGAGUCAGCCGCAAAUGAAGACAGAGGCGGGUUAACAUUCAGCUGCCUUUCGUUUAAACGAGAGGAAAGCAGGUUUGUUAAGGCAGCGGAGGGAGCAGCUGACAUCAGCGGGAAAGCCCCAUCACAUGCUGAUGUUGUGAUGUGUCAAUGCGCCAUCAACGUACAGGUCAGAGCCUCCACACCGUGUGUCUUAAUGAUGAAGAGCGGGAAAGGGGACAGCUUCCAGUACAGUCUUCUCGCACUGAGCAGCUCAAAUCAACUGGAGCCCUGCAUUGAUUUUAAACUGGCUUAUAAAAUAAGGGGAAAGGUGACUGUCCUACAUGGCCCCACAGUCAUGUGGAGUCACGCUGGUAAUGUCUUCUAUACAUCUCCACAGGCUGGAGAAGUGAGACAAAUACCCAUUGAGUUUUCCCACUUUAUUUUUGGAGAGCUCCCCCACCUCAAAGAGAGAAAUUUUAUUGUUGGAGUGUCAGAAAACUUUCCCAAUAAACAACCCUCAAGGCAAACUCUGGGCUAUUUUGUAGGAAGUGGGCACGUGUUUGAUGGCACGAUGAUUAUGCCUCAUCCGUACACCAGCAUCACACAGUGCAUCCUGGUGCUGUCAGCUGAAAAAGAGGGAAAUGUGCUGAAAUCUGAUGUUGUUGCAGCAACUUCUAGUAAGCAGCUGGUUUAUUUUAAGAAUGGUGUUGUGAAAGAGACAUGCCAGCUUCCCUUUGAGGAACCUGAAAGUAUCCAGGUGGUCAACACUGGAAGAAAUGGCUGCAUGUUUGUUGUAUUCUUUCAUCAAGGACAUGUGUGUGCUGUAUGUAGGGAGACAUUUCAGAUAGCCUUCCACUGGUCAGGUGUCGACUCUGUCCACGUGGAGGACUUCGUGGGAUGUGGAACAGAUCAGAUGCUGUUGGUUUUCAAAGACCAGGACAUAUCAGGACAGCAGUUAGAAAAUUUUCUCCUCACUGACCUCUGUGGCAUAUCAUUUGCUAAUUGCCCUGACAACAGAGCACCAAAUACAGCCCACCCACCAGAGAACCAUCUCCUCACUCUUCAAGCUCUAGAGUCCAGACUACAGAGUGGAUUGACGGUACUGCAGGAGCUUCAGAGAGAAGAGAGAUCGAAGGAGAGGGUGCUGCAGCAGUCGCUCAGAGUCCUCAGUGGUGCUGUCUCGGAUAGAGAACCUGUCGUCACAUUGCCUGAGCAGGAGGGCCUUGUUGCUCUGUGGGACUGUGACGAUGAGUCAAAGGAUGAAGGCUGUGAUGACAAGAAUCAAGACUCACCAGCAGUGUCUUCAAAACCCAGAGUUGACAAGCUGUGGCAUCGCAUCACUGAGGACCAAAUGGUUGUUGGAGUGAUACUAACCACUGACAGCUCUGUACCAUUUGCCAGUGUGAGCUUAUCCAUCCUGACAGAGACAGGCCAGAGCUCAACACCCGCAGUCAUCCAGACCCAGAGCCAAAUCUUCUGGCUCCCCGCUCCCAGCUCUUCAUCCUCCUCAUCUGCCUCCAAGUUCCCAGAGCCUGCAGCCAAAAGAAGCAGGCAGCACAGUGGCAGCAGACUCUAUGAUCUCAACACACGUAGACUUGCUGUGACUGCUGCGACCAUGCUGACAUCUUUGUUGAACUCUGGCCGUGUCAAAUGUCGUGUCAUGCUCCAUUACAUCCAGAGACUAGAUGCUUUUGCCCUCGUGAGCAACGAAACACCAACUGUCCUCCAUUGCGGUGAUGUUUCUUUAGACAUCUGCAGUGGUUUACAAACAAGACUGCUGAAAAACCCAGAACUCAAAACAGAUGAGGCUUUGGAAGACUUUCUGAGUCUGAUGGCAGUGCUGGAUCAUUGGCUCUUCCACUUAAACUCUCCAGAUUACAGUUUAGGAGAUGUAAGCAGCUGGAUUCAGAAAAGAGAGGAUUGUAAAAGGAUAGAAGUGAGCCCUCAGUAUCUACUGUUAAAUCCUGCAGGAACAUCUGCUCCCAUGCUGCUGUGCUGGCAUCAGAUAAGCCCUUUCCAAGGGGAACUAUCUGUCCACUCCAGCCAGUUCCAGAUGUUUCACCUCCUGGAUUCCCUCUUGGCCUUCCUCCCCUCGACCUGCUCCAUCAAAUCAAUCAAAGGAACAAGAAGACAAGAUUCAGCUCCAAUAUUUUCUUUAGCGCUGGAAAAAGAGGUGAUGACACUCAGAGAGUGUUUGCCAUCCCUACUCUGUGAAGAAGAGAGACAGAAGGAAGAGAAAAAGAGCUUAAGAGAGGAGGAGAUCCCUGAUUUGGGUUCUGCAGGAGGGUUAGAGAAGGUCAGAGAGAUGUGGCUGCAGGACGUGGAGAGGAGCAGGAUAAGGUUGAGCCCCCUGGUGGAUGUGGAGAGGUAUCGUAGGCUCACCCAAAACAUUUUAAAAGUCCAGCUUGAUACAGACUUGGCAGCUCUUUUAGACUCUCAGAAGACUCUGCUCAGCUGAUAUGCUGCAGAUGGGCUUAAAAAUCCCAACACUGAGACUGUUUUGGACACAUAGAUGGUAUAAGCAGGGGGGGGAAAUCUAGCUCUUUCAUGCUAAAGUGACAUAACCAUGCACAUUUAACUGUACCAUGAUCUGCCUGUGUUGCCAGCUUUGUUAUGUCUGUGCUGCUUUCUGUGCGUCUGCUCUACCAGACAGUCUCUUGGGGUCUCACAGCCUUAAUGAUACUGAUGUGUUUCAGCUCACUCCUCGGUUUAUUCUUCUGUUCGUGUCCCGUUAGACCCUCUGUGUUCUGAAAUACUCUUUAAUCUCUGCUGCUGCUGUGUGCAGUUCAGUGGGAGACAAAGAAGCUGCUUUCAUCCUGGAGUUUGUGCUUUGAAUGAAGACAACAGAGGAGGGUUAUACAUGUUCGUGGACGGAGUGGACCGAAAGCUUUUAGUAUUUUUCCCUCUUCAUGGUUCAGUUGCUUCUGGAUGAAAUGAUGCAAAUAAAAAAUAGUCCCUAAAUGUUUUUUCUUCUGUGAUGCUGCUGAGACUGUCAGCACUGCUAGUCUAAAUGCCCUUUGUUAAGUAAACCUCAAGUUUCUACUUUAAAGGAGCUCAGCUUUACCAGAAGCUUAAACUCUGUGGAGGCUCAACCAUGCCGUGAAUGUUUUUCUAAAACAUCUGAUGAAGUUUUUUCUUUUUUUUAAUUCUUUCCUUUUGCAUCUAUAUCUCUUUUUUAUGGCUACAGGACCUCCCUAAUCAUAAAUGAAGCAUACUUACCUCUAAGAAAGGUCAUCAGACUCUUCCAUACUAUAUUUUUCGAUACCACAUGUUAUGAAAAUGAUAAAUUAUCAUUAUUUUAAAGAUCCCUGAUAUCAAAAAUCACCAAAGCUUUAA